CACGUUUGACGUAAUUAAAGUCCAUCAUCAAUCCAUCAUGCAUGAAGUAAAAGAUAUUGUAUUUUGGAUUGCUUGAAAUUAUUAUUUACUUUAUGAGUUUGCAUAAGAUAUGUAUUGAAUCAUAUUUAAUACAGUUAUUGUUAUAGACUAUGAAUCAACUGUCAUGAAUAAUAUUAAUAUAGAUAAAACUAUUGAACAUGUUGAGAAUAUAGUCAAAAACAAUCAAUGUAGUGUCUGUGUCAAGACAGAUGGUCAGCGAUUGAGAUAUUCCUGUGGACAUACAGCAUGUGAUGAUUGUGUUGUUGAUGUCUUAGACUGCUGUAGCAUUUGCUUAACACCACCUCAGGCUUCCUCUCCGCAGCCCAGGCUUGAUGAUGUAUUGACACAGCGAGUGAAGAAUGCAUCAACACUUUUAAGAGAAUGUCAGAAAUUGUUUAAUACCGAUGCAUUCACACGUAAAAGAUUAUCAGAGCGAUUGAGAAUUGAAAAAGAAUUGUUCCCGGAAUGCAUUCAAGCUCCAGUCAAAUAUGAGAACAAAAGAAAAAGCUCAUUUAAUUUGAGUAAAAAUAAAGAAAACAGGUUGCCUUCAUUUUUACCUGGGGAAGCAAUAUCACAAUUAGACGAAGAUAACACAAUGGAAAAUUCUUUCAAAUAUGUCCAGCAGUGGCUCAAUAAAAACGAUAAUGAUUUUGUGAGGAAACCAUUUAGAGAUUUAAAUGUCAACACACAAUUGGAUCAUAGUGUAAAACAUUCCAGUAACCAAUAUAAGACACAAAAUAAAAUUGAUAAAAAUUUGACAGAUUCUAAAACAAACAGAAAGAGAACUCAUUAUAAAACUACUGUAAGCAACAAAUCUUUUAUAAGCUCAAAAAGGAAAUCUGUAAUAGAUCAAGAUAUUAUCAGUCCUAAGAAAAUUAAAAAAGAACAACCACCUAGAGCAGCUUUGAACAAACAUGGAACAAAUACAGAUAAUGAUAAUGAUGAAAGUGGUAUAUUUAUGGAGAAUGAUCCCAUUGUAAUAGAUGAUUCACAGGAAACAGCUAUUGACAAAGAUAGAAAUGCAUGGCUUGCUGUGCUUGAAGCCAAUAAAUAUGAACAAAAUGAAUCUACCUCAGUAGUACACUUAGAUUGUAGUGAACCUCAAACUUUUAUCCCUGUUAAUAAAGAGAUUGCUGUCGGGUCUGAAGGGAAACAAACCAGAAGAACCCAAAAUGUACCUUUCUAUAAAAAAAGUUAUAUCACAGAAACAUGUACACUUUGUAAUGCUGAUAGAAAUGCAACAGCACAAACAGAAGAUGUAAAAAUAACCAUUGAUAAUGCUGAUUUCACAACUACAAUAAAGAUCCUCAAUAGUACUGACAAUGGAUCUAAGCCGAAACCAACAAAUUCAGUUUUAGUUCAAACUGAUAUUUCUGAAACCAUCAAUGGUGAUGAUUCUGCAGUAGCAAAUUUGAAUGACAUAAAUGAUAAGUUUGAAGAUGUUGCACAAAAAUCAGAUGCACAAAGUGAAGAUUUAUUUGGAGAGGAAGGUGGCCAUAAUGAAAAUGAUAAUGAUAGACCAAGUCAUGAUUAUAAGUGCUUAGUAAUUGCAGAAUCUGAUAGUGAUAUGGAAUUAGAGAGAAGUGGUCCAUUGCCAGUUAAAGUUGAUGUCCAUAGAUCUUGUGAUGAAACGGAUUAUGGAAUCCUGAGUGAAAUUGAAAACAUUCAGGAACAUAGCACUAGGUCCAGGCGUGGUCCACGAGGGCUCACACCCACUAGUACUGACUCUUCAGAGAAAGAAAAUUUUAAUCCUAACAGAAUGAAAAAACAAACUAAUAAAAAGAAAAAAUCUUCAAAAAAAUUAUGAACAUGUUUUUGUUUUUUAAAUUUAGCAAUCUUAUUUUAUUGUCCAAUGUGAAUCUAUAAGUUAGAUGUAUUUGAAAUGUAUUUCAAAAUGUAAGUUAAGUAUUCAUUAUUUCUUAAGGAUACCUACUCUGUUUGUGCCUUGUUAUUUUAAAAGUAUAAUUAUAUAUUUUUAUAACUA